AACAUCUCAUACAUUGUUUAUCCUUAUUAACAAAAACAAAAUGGCAGUUUGCGGCUCGUCAAGGUCUUUCCUUGGUUUCUUUGCCUUGUUCUCUCUUAUUUUCCUUGUUUUCUCUCCCUCAUCUCGGGCUCAGGCUCCUGCUCCGACCAGCGAUGGGACUUCUAUAGAUCAAGGAAUCGCCUACGUGUUGAUGCUAGUUGCCCUGGUGCUCACAUACCUCAUUCAUACACUGGACGCUUCAGCUUCUAUUGAAUUUGCUUUUACAACCUUAGAGACAUGAAUUUUCAUUUUAUUUAUUUACUAGUAACGUAUUUAGUCAGUGCUGAGGAGGAAUUUCUUACCUGCUGUGGAUAAUUUUGUACUUGUUUCUCAAGGAUUUCAUUUAAUUUUGUGGA